AUGAGCGACACCGCAGGCAUCGGUUACAACGGCAUGUACCCGGUUAACCCGGAGUUGGCCAAGUCGGCCCACGUCGGUAGUCUCGAGCAGUACGAGGCCAUGCACAAACGCUCGCUCGAGGACCCGGAGAGUUUCUGGGGCGAGCUGGCCCGCGAGAACCUCUACUGGCUCCGCGACUUCGACCAGACCGUCGUGGGCUCGGUGGCCAAGGGCGACGUGGCCUGGUUCCUUAAUGGCCAGCUCAAUGUCAGCGUCAACUGUAUCGACCGUCAUGUCAAGAAGCACCCGAACAAAACGGCCAUCAUCUGGGAGGCAGACGAGAUUGGUGAAGGCCGCAACAUCUCGUACACUGAGUUGUUGGAGGAGACAUGUCGUGUUGCCAACGCUAUGAAGCACGCCGGCGUCAAGAGAGGUGACACUGUCGCUCUGUACAUGCCCAUGAUACCUGAGACCAUCUUCGUCAUGCUGGCCUGUACGCGUAUCGGUGCGGCCCACAGCAUGGUCUUCGCGGGUCUCUCGUCCGACGCUCUCCGUGACCGUGUCGUUGAUGCCACGACCAAGUGGGUGUUCACGGCAGACGAAGGCCGUCGCGGUGGUCGCACUCUUCCUCUCAAGAAGACGGUGGACGUCGCGCUUAAGGGCCUCGACUUCGUACAGAAAGUGUUCGUGUUCAAGCGUACACACAACCCGGAGGUCAACAUGAACCCAAUCAUUGACGUCGACAUGGAUGCAGAGCUGCUUCUCCACCGUCCUUACUGUCCCGCUGAGCUCAUGAACGCAGAGGACCUUAUGUUCAUCCUGUACACGUCGGGAUCCACGGGUACACCCAAGGGUAUCGCCCACACAACUGCUGGUUAUCUGCUGUACGCCAUGAUGACGGCCAAGUACGCGUUUGAUAUUCACGACGAGGAUAUCUUCGCCUGCGUUGCUGACUGUGGUUGGAUCACCGGUCACAGCUACAUUGUGUACGGCCCAUUGGCGAAUGGUGUGACCACCGUCAUGUUUGAGAGUACGCCCAUGUAUCCACAUCACGGUCGCUACUGGGAUCUGGUCCAACGUCACAAGGUGACCAAGUUCUACGCUGCCCCGACGGCUAUCCGUGCCUUGAUGGCUCGUGGCAAUGACAAGAUCCGUGAGUAUGACCUGUCGAGCCUGAAGGUGUUGGGUAGCGUCGGUGAACCCAUCAACCCUGAGGCGUGGAAAUGGUACUUUGAAGUGGUAGGCAACCGCCAGUGCUACAUCGCUGAUACGUACUGGCAGACUGAGACUGGUGGACACAUUGGCGUGGGUCUGCCAGGAGCUACUCCGAUGAAGCCUGGGUCGUGCUCAAAGCCUUUCUUCGGCAUCGACUUCGUUGUGACAGACGAGAAUGGAAACGAGAUUGAAGGCAACGGGAUUGAGGGGCAGCUGUGCAUUCGGUCUCCAUGGCCCGGUAUGGCUCGUACGGUGUACGGCGAUCACAACCGCUACUUGCAAGUGUACACAGCUUCUCAUAAGGGUCUAUACUUUACUGGUGACGGCUGUCGUCGCGAUAAAGACGGCUACUUCUUCAUCACAGGCCGUAUCGACUAUGUGUUGUGUACAUCCGGUCACCGAAUUGGUACAGCUGAACUGGAGAGCACUCUUGUGGGCCACAGCGCCGUUGCUGAGGCUGCUGUAAUCGGUAUUCCUCACCGUAUCAAGGGCGAGGGUAUCUGCUGCUACAUUACGCUGGUUGAUGGCGCUGAGCCUUUUCCAGAGGUCGAGAAGGAGCUUGUCCUUGAGGUUCGCUCCAAGAUCGGUGCGUUUGCGGCUCCUGACACUAUUGUUAUCGUCCCAGAGUUGCCCAAGACCCGCAGUGGAAAGAUUGUACGACGUGUGCUGCGCAAGAUUUCCCAUGGAGAGGAAGACUCACUCGGUGACAUGUCGACUCUGGCCGAACCGGAGGUUGUGCUCGUCUUGAUUAGCGCUAUGCGUUCCGCUUUGGUGGGAAAAUUGCUGUAA